UGUGUAACAGAUGCGUGUUUGAAUUCUGCGAUUUACUAGAAGAGAGUGGGGAUUGAGAAAUGUUGGUGCUGGUGAUCGGAGAUUUACACGUGCCUCAUCGGACGCACAGCAUACCGGCCAAGUUUCGGAAGCUGUUGGUGCCCGGCAGAAUUCAGCAUAUUUUGUGCACCGGAAAUCUAGUUUCCAAGGACAUGUAUGAUUACCUCAAGACGCUUGCGAGUGAUGUGCACGUCGUCAAGGGCGACUUCGACGAGAGUCAGACUUACCCUGAACAGAAGGUAGUGACUGUGGGGCAGUUCAGAAUAGGCGUGAUUCACGGUCAUCAAGUGGUGCCUUGGGGUGACCCAGAUGCCCUGUCACUAGUCCAGAGACAGUUGGACGUGGACAUUCUCAUUUCGGGUCACACGCACCGAUUCGAAGCGUAUGAACACGAGAACAAAUUCUUCAUCAAUCCCGGCUCUGCGACCGGAGCAUAUACCCCUCUCGAGAAGAAAAUAGUGCCGUCUUUUGUACUCAUGGAUAUUCAAAGUUCAACAGUCGUCACGUACGUUUACCAGCUGGUGGAUAACGACGUGAAGGUGGAGCGAAUCGAAUACAAGAAGUGUUGAGGCUGACAUUUUUUUUUUCGAUUUCUCGUCCCGCUUGGGGAUUCUAAUGUACCCGCGAAAAAGGGUGUGGUUAUUGUGAUCCCUAACCCAAUUUUAUCCCUAUGUUAAUUUUAAUUCUUUUUCAUCGGGUAAAGGGUGCAUGGGUAAACUGCUUGGCAGAUAAUCGCCUGAUUUUUCGUGCACUCGCUCUGCUUUGCUCCAUAUUAUUGAAUAUUAUGUGAGCAAUGAAAAACAAUGAAUUGUGAACAAAAAA